AUGAAAAAAGCAAAUAAAGUGUCCGAAGAUCGUAAAAAUUUUAGAAAUCUCCCAAUUUUAGACAAAAAAAAUUACACGCAAGUGUGUGAGGCUAUAAAAACAGGUAAAUUAUCAAAGGACGUAAUGGUUAAGGUACCGUUUUACUGUUUUUCCUCAUUGCGUCACCAUGAUCAUGGAAAACUAUGCACCUACUUAAGUUUACCUACAAUAAUUGAUUAUGAUUGCUUGUCAAUGCUCCACGUUAGCAUAGCCUUGGAUGAUCAAGCAAUGGUGGAUCAGUUGUUGGCUCUAAAAGUCAAUCUCCAAGCUACGACAAAAGAGAUCUGA